UUGUGUUUGGUCUUGCGGGUCCUCUCUUCCGCUCAUGUCAUGUCGUCCAUCAUGUUCCCCCACGCCAGCGAGAACUCCGUCUCGUCCCCGGAUGCCCUGCAUGAAUCCAUGCACUCCCAGUUCUACCGCCCAUCCUCCUUCGACGUAUCCGACUCAUUCCAGAUGAACCCGCUCUCCGCUCAUCCCCCCCGUACACCAUGCACAAGCACAGCUAUGACACCCGGUUCCUCGUCCCAUUCUCGUCCCCACUCCGCUCACUUUGGCUCCGUCAGCAUCAGCGUGUAUGACGAAAAGGAAGACAAUACCCCAGCUGCUUGUAUAGACGCCGCGCAGGAUCACACUGCUGGGGACGACGGGGAUGGAGUGGCUUACGAACUAGACGAAGAGGACGCGCGUGUCAAGGCGGCAGAGAGCAAGGUCCCCGCUCAUGAGGUCUGGCGGGAUAUACUCGCAACGAGCUAUGGUCGUGAUAAAGCAUUCAAAGUGAUGCAAUAUUCUAUCCGGGUAUACCUCCUCUUCCAUACGAAGUUGCUCUUCCGCAGUGGCCGGUCUACAUGGCAGCAGGCAAUGGUCCACCGGUUAGACUCUGCUCGCUCGGGUUUCUCGUUCACCAGGAAAAUGCUCAUAUUAUUCAACUGGCUCACGCCCUUGAGCACCAUCCUCGCACAAAAGACUGUUCCUUAUGCCUCCCUCGAUGGGUCGUUUCUUUCCCAUUCCCUUGCAGACGCCCCCGCCAAGAAGCCUCCGUCUUCACCGUUCACCGGACAACUACUCUCACACCCGUCCUUGCAGGCCCUUCUCGCUGCCCCUCCACCAGUACUGCUGGACCUCGUCAACGGCCUCUCAGAUGACAUAUAUACACUCUCAAGGUUAGGUCUCAUUGGUCAGAAGAUAGGUGUGAGGGCAGCGCGGUUUGCGGACUGGUGUUGGUUCUUCGGUACCUUGGUCGGACUUGUCCAGAACGGGAUUGAGAUGAGCAUCAUCGAGGGGCAACAGCGGGAAGUCGAGAACCGUGCCUACCAAGAAUCCAUGUCUGGUGCGACCUCUAAAUCUCAGCCCAAAGCCUCCAAGGUGGAUGAGAAGGAGUUAGCAAGACUGCAGCGAAAAACGUACUGGUUAAGGAUGAGCCGUACGAAACUAGUGAUGGACCUCAUCUUCGUCUCGUACGACGUAUUCAGACUCUCCCGCGGCAAGGAUAUCGCACAGUCGUUCACGGGUUUGGUUGCUGGCAUUCUUAGCUCGUCGAAACUGUAUGACAAGUACAAGUCUGCCUUGGUGACAAAAUUGCUAUCAAGUACCAUCUGACGGGCACUUGCUCCAUGUGGCAUGUGCGCGUGCUUCGCUGGCACCUUACAGAUGGAUUUGCUCAGAUAUACCCACUUGGGUCGUCGUUUGGUAU